AUGGGUCACCGUUUCAGUAAAACAGCUGCAACAGCCACUAAAACACAACAACAGCCAGCUGGAGGACAACCAAUUAUAAAUGGUCAAGAAUUAUCAAAUCAAACAACAAUACCACCAUUGACAACAACGGGUAGAAUACCAAUACCAAGUAAUACAAACACUAAUAGUCACAUAAUAGGACCCACGAUUAAUUUCCAAAUACAAGAAAGUCCUACAGGCGGCGGUUUAUUACAGCCUGAGGGUGGUGCUCAGCAGCAAAGUGGUGGUAGUAUAAUUGAUACAACUACUACCUGCCUACAACAUAACCUAAGUACUGCGGCUAAUAGUAGUGGCAUUUUACAACAGUCUUUAGGCUAUAACGGAAGCGCCAGCAGCAUUAGCGGUAGUUGUAGUAACAGUUUAACAUCGGUCAAUAAUUUAUCUUGUGGUCGUCAGAUAAUCAUUAAAAUUCAAUUGGCCAAAAUGGAAAACGGAAAUGAAGUGACGACGACAACUACCACAACAACAACGUCAGCGCCCGCUUGUUCAACCAAUCAAGCAGAUAUUUCCCUGGAAGCCUUAACAGCUGAUUGUAAUCUAAAUUCCACGGAAUUGUUGAGUGAAACGUCAACGGGCGUCGUCGUCCCCACAACACAAAUUUUAAAUGUUACCCUUAAUAGUGCAGCAAAUAGCAGUAGUUGUAGUAGUAGUACCAAUAAUCUAACAAGAACUGCUGGCAGUUCUUUUUCAUCGGCAACAGUGGUCAUACCAUCCUCAUCAUCAUCAUCGAAAUAG